GGGCUGGCCGGAAGGAGCGGGCGCUCCCGUCAUGCCGUGCGCGGGAGAGAUGUCGCUCGCCAUGUUGGGAGUAGGGAUGAGGGUGCGGCGGCCCUAAGCGAUUGUCGGCGCGGCCGCCCCCCGCCAUCCGCCGGCAUCGCGGGCUUCACAAGCCGCGCCCGGCGGGAAAUGAGUAUCCCGUGCGUGCUGGCGAUGAACGAGACGACCUGGCAAGAGAGUCAGGCGGCGGUGGGGCCGGUGAUAGUGGCCGCUCAGGGCGCCGUGGCCGGCCGCCCUCCCAGCCCGGCCCCCGUGCAGGCGCAGGCGGCGCAUGCGGCGGCGGCCGCGGCUGCGGCGGCGGCGGCGGCCGCGGCGGUUCAAGCCCAGGCGCAGGCUCAGGCGGCCGCCUUCGCCGGGCGCUCCCAGGACGACGCGGCCGUGGGCUACUUCUUCCAGAGGCAGCACGGCGAGCAACUGAGGGGAGCGAGCUACGCGGGGAAGCACCGAUGGCCCACAGGCGACGGGGCUGAGCAGGUGAUGGACGGGUGCGCUUUUCCAGUGUCGUGCUUGCCAGUGGUCCGCUCUGUGGAUGAGCUGAACCAGGACUUCCAAGCACUGGCACUGGAAAGGAGGAGCUUAGGAGAUCAGCUGCUUCCCAGCAAAAAGUUUUGGGAGACAGAUGAGACUGGCAAGGAUGGCCCAAAGGGAAUUUUCCUGGAAGACCAGUGGAGGGAGAAUGCCUGGGGAGCCUCUGAUCACUCGGUGUCCCAGCCCAUCAUGGUGCAGCGUCGCCCAGGCCAGCCGGGCUUCCAGGCCGGCGGUGUUGGCGGCGGCGGCAGCGAGGUGGGCUCUGUGUUGUCGCCGCGCUCGGAGACCGGCGGCCUUGGUGUCAGCAUGGUGGAGUACGUGCUCAGCUCGUCACCUGGAGACAAGCUCGACACUCGUCUCCGCAAGUCCACAUACGGCACCGUCGAGUGUGACAUGUCGGACGGAGACAAGGCGGACAAGAAGGGCGUGAAGGUGGCGGGGUUUGAGGACGACAAGGGCAGUGGCAUGAAAGUGGAGGGCGACGGAGACGUGGCAGGGAAGGCCAACGGGCUGGGCCUGCAGAAUGGCGUCGAUUCAGACGGCAAGGACUUCAGCCGUGCCCCUGGCAGCUGUCAUUCAUCACCGGCCGAGGUUGUCGAGCGCCUGGGUGUCCCCGGAAACCCCGGAGUGGACCCGAUGGCGGCAGGAGUGGGGGUGCCCGUGGGCGUGGGGGGUGGGCCUGGCAUGCAGGUGGGUGUGAACAAGCCUGGAGAGGACUACGGCGGUGGAGGGGGAGGCGGCGGCGUUGGCCCCGGUGGAAUGGACGGGCAGUCGUUGCCCAUGGAUCCGUCGGGCAUGAUGGAGCCCAUGGGCAUGGAGCCCCUGCAGUUCGACUACACGGGUGGCCAGGUCACCAUGGAGUCCAGCGGAGGCAACCCCAUGGGGCUGUUUGACUAUGGGGCACAGCAGCAGCAACAGCAGCAGCUUUUUCAAAGAUCCAGUGCUCUGGCGAUGCAGCAGCAGAUGUCCAGUGCGCAGCAGCAGCAACAACAGCAGCAGCAACAGUAUACCUUGGCCACUGCACAACAGCCACCGCUGGGCAUGUUUUCAACUGGCCUCGCCCCCGCCUUCAUCCCCAACCCGUACAUCAUCGGUGCAGCCGGUCCACCUGGCUCUGACCCCUACUCAUCGGGCUUGGCUGCUGCCACCCUGACGGGUCCCACUGUGGUUCCCCCGCAGUACUACGGCAUGCCCUGGGGGGUGUACCCGGCCAACCUCCUGCAGCCACAGGCGGCCGCUGCCAUGGCCGCCUCCAACAGCGGCAACCAGCAGGGCAACCCGGGUCAGCCCAGCCAGCAGAUGCUGAGAGCUGGGAGUGGUCAGCGACCUAUGACCCCUAACCAGAGUUCUCAAGGCCAGCAAGGGGAAGCCAUGGGUGCGGUGACAGCUGGGCAAGCUCUCGCCUUCGGACCGGGCCUGACCACAGGCGUACAAGGCUACCAGGUACUGACGCCGGCGUACUACGACGCGUCGGGCGCGCUCGUCAUGAACCCCGGCGCGGGCCGUUCCGGCCUGGGCGGCCCCGUGCGCCUCAUGGGACCCACGCCCGUACUCAUCAACCCCUCGGCGGCUGCGGCCGCUGCCGCCGCGGCAGCUCAGGCCGGCGGUGGCGCUGGUGGAGCCGGCGGUCUGGCCGGCACCAUCAACGGGCUGUUCCGCGGCAUGGGCCUGUCCAGCCAGCAUCACCAGCACCACCAGCAACAGCAGCAGUCCCAGCAGCACCACCACCAGCAGCAGCAACAGCAGCACCAGCAGCAACAGCAGCAGCAACAACAGCAGCAGCAGCACCACCAGCAGCAGCAGCAGCACCAGAUGAGCAGCGCGGCCGCCGCUGCAGCGGCCGCCGCCGCCCAGGGCCACCCGUCGGCCUUCUACGGCAACCACGGCGGCGGGAUGGGAGGGCCGCUGUCCAGCCCGUCUCAGGGAGGCGCCGGCAUGUCAGGUGGCGGGGGCGGUGGCGGCGGCGGCGGCGGCGGGGGCGGAGGAUCGCUCUUCUCGCCCGGCCCGUCGCCCGGCGCCCACCAGCUCGGCAACGCGGGUUCACCGCUCGGGGGAGGGUUCGGCAACCACAGCGGCCCGACACCGGCGUCGCUGGGCGCCAGCAUCGGCUCCGGACUGGGCUUUGGCAACACCGGCACGUCCGCCGCAAGCGGGGGGCCGCUGGGGCUACGACGUGACUCGCUGGGCGCAGGCCUCGACUACAAGCGACCCAGCAGCAGCCUGGCACCUAUCGGGCAGCCCUUCUACAACGGCCUGGGAUUCUCCACCUCGCCCGGACCGCUCGGCAUGCUGGGAGCCAGCCACGGACCACCCCACUCACUCACUCCGCCGCCCUCGCUGUCCAUCCCCUCGCAUGGAUCAGCGUCCAACCUCAACCUUGGUUGGUCGCCAGCCUUAGGGGGUCUGACGAGCGGGAGCGGGCGCUUCGUGUCGGCGGCGCCAGGUGCCGAGGCCAAGUUCCGCAGCUCGGCCGGCAUGGGCGUCGGCGUGGGCUCCGCCUCGGCGCUGUUCGGUAACUCGGGCAGCCAGCUCUUCCCGACCCAAGCGGCGGCCGCCGCGGCCGCCGCUGCCGCCGCGGCCGCCGCGGCCGUCGGCGGGGGGAGCGGAAGCGCGGCGGGUGGAAUGUGCGGCGUGGGCGGCGGAGCUCCGGCGAUGCGGUUCCGUUACUGCGGCGGCGGGGCCGGAGGCGGCCCUGGCGGUGGCCCUGGUGGUGGCGUCGGCGGCGGGGGAGGCGUCUGCGGCGGCGGUGGCGGCGUCGGCGGCGGAGGCGUUGGAGGGGGACCCGGCGGGAAGAUGGACGGACUGAACCCUGGUCGCAGUCGCCUGCUGGAAGACUUCCGCAACAACCGCUUCCCCAACCUGCAGCUGCGAGACCUCACGGGGCACAUUGUGGAGUUUGCUCAAGACCAGCACGGCUCCAGGUUCAUCCAACAAAAGCUGGAGCGCGCGGGGCAGGCGGAGCGACAGCUGGUCUUCAAUGAGAUCCUGCAGGCCUCCUACCAGCUGAUGACUGACGUCUUUGGCAACUACGUCAUUCAGAAGUUCUUUGAGUUUGGCAGUCUGGAGCAGAAGCUCGCGUUGGCCCAGCGCAUCCGUGGCCACGUGCUGCCCCUGGCGCUGCAGAUGUACGGGUGCCGAGUGAUCCAGCGUGCCCUCGAGUCUCUCCCGCAAGAACAGCAGGCGGUGCAGACAGAGAUGGUGGCCGAGCUUGACGGACACGUGCUCAAGUGCGUCAAGGAUCAGAACGGAAACCACGUCGUUCAGAAGUGCAUCGAGUGCGUGCAGCCGGUGGUGUUGCAGUUCGUCAUCGACGCCUUCCACGGACAGGUGUUUGCGUUGUCGACGCACCCGUACGGCUGCCGCGUGAUCCAGAGGAUCCUGGAGCACUGCACCCCGGAGCAAACCCUCCCCAUCCUGGAGGAGCUGCAUCAGCACACGGAGGCCCUCGUGCAGGAUCAGUACGGCAACUACGUGAUCCAGCACGUCCUGGAGCACGGGCGGCCCGAGGAUAAAAGCAAGAUCGUGGCGGAGCUCCGAGGGAAGGUGCUCGCGUUGAGCCAGCACAAGUUCGCCAGCAACGUGGUGGAGAAGUGCGUGUCCCACUCGUCGCGCGCCGAGCGAGCCAUGCUGAUCGAGGAGGUGUGCGCGAGCGGCGAGGGCUCGCACGGACCGCUCUACGCCAUGAUGAAGGAUCAGUACGCCAACUAUGUUGUGCAGAAGAUGAUCGACGUGGCCGAGCCUCCGCAGCGCAAGAUCCUCAUGCACAAGAUCCGACCCCACGUGGCGACCCUGCGCAAGUACACGUACGGAAAGCACAUCCUGGCCAAGCUGGAGAAGUACUUCCUGAAGAACAGUGCCGAUCUGGGGCCCCUCGGCGUGCCCACGGCCAACGGCAUGAUCUGAAACAGGGGCCUCCAGCCACCCGUCGUCCCCAGCACCCACCCGCCAUCGCCCACUCUCACGGGGCUCCAUUCCCAGGUCGACAGUUGCGAUGCCGAAGGCCGAGCAGGUGAAAGGGACAGCCUUUCUUUUGCUCCGUCCUGCCUUCACCCCGUCGACCUGUGAGUGGGCUCAUUAGAAAGGACCCCCCGCCCCCCCCCCCCCUAAACGUCCCAGUGUAUAAUUAACCAGUGUGUUACUUCCCGAGGUAAUAAUUUUCCUUUCUGUACAUUAUUAUUUUUUAAUAUAAAUAACCAUCACAAAGACAAAACCUCUCUUGGUUCUCUUACUCCUGCCCACUCGCCACGCGAUUCCUCCCAAGCGGCUGCGGCGGAGUUUGGUUUUUAAAAAUCUCUCGCGCGAGCGUUUCGUCGGCACCAGCGCCGCGCGUGUUCCCUUUCUUUCACACGCCGGCGGUCCUCGUCGCUUGACCAAUCGGCGCCUCCCUGUAGAAGCCAUUUGUAAAAUAGGUUUGUACAUUACAUUGGCCCCCGCAUUGGGCACUGAAGGAGACGUUGUUAAAUCUUUAACCCACUCAGAGGUCGCCCACACAAACGGCCGCUUGCGAGGGCGAUGCUCGGCGCGCCACUCGCAGCCUUUAAAUUGAGUAGCGUUUAAUUUUACCCCGCGUUAACCUGUAACUAGAGUGUCCAUUUUUUCAUAAGUUUGUAAAGAAAUUUUGAGAUUUGCAGUACAAGUUUUUAGUCGUAGAUUUGCGUAUAUUUGAGGUUAAAAAAAAUUUGUACAAAAGCAUCGGUUUGUGAUUUAUUGUAGUGUCCAUAGUGAGAAAAAAACACAACAUAUUACAUAGUUUGUGAAUUGCUGUACAUAACAAAGAGGCCAGGAGAAGAGUGGGUGUUAAGUGGUUCCUUACAUGUGCUCGUGUCCAGGGAAGCUGACUCGUGUUAAAUGUCUUUAUAAAACUUGUCAGAUGUUUGGACUCGAUUUUUCAACAACAGAUAAUGCAUAUUCACGCGGUCUGCAACGAGUGGUCUCUUGGCUUCUCCCCCCCCCUUCCGUUGGUUCCCGGACCACCUUGUGCGAGUUGCACCCGAACGUCGUCUUGUAGUUGCUGCGAUGCGCGGACCCCCCCCCCCACUGCGUCUGCCAACUCGUGUCAGGCCACACCGCACGUGGCGGCUGAGGCGACGCCGAUUACGCUCGACAGCGUGGCCAUUCGGACUUCGUUUGGAGGGCGUCGAUUGACUCGUUUGCAUUUUUCGAAGACUUUUACCACCUAUCGCUGUACACGUGUAAAGGUUCGUGUGGUGUGUGUGUGUACAUGUGCGCUUGCCAAGCAUACAUAUAUAUUUAUACGUAUACAUAUGUAUUUUUUGGGGAGAGGGGGGGGGGGCACGCGUUCGCCACCGACCUUUACGGGGGGGGGGGGUUACUUUGACCACCACAAGCCUUCCGUGCUUGCCUUCUUGAAAACGUAGGACAGGAAAGGAAGUUUGAAAAAUGAGACGACGGAUAAGCACGUUGCGCGUAGUCACAGGAGAUUAAAAGCGAGGAUGCGUCCACCUCGAAUAUUGGAUCCGUUGUGAUCGACGACGAGCGUGUGUCGCUGCGCUGCAUCUUUCCACACCACAGCACCGAGCGGUGCGCACGGACAUUGAUUUGACCUCAAAAGAAAAUGUGGGGUUUUUAAACAUUAGUUUCUUUUUGUCACCGGUGGGUAGAGGAGGAGGGGAAUCGAAUCCAGCUUGGGGGGGAGGCGGUGAGUGGUGCAUGGUACUGCGUGGUUUCAGUAGUAGCAGCAGCUUUUUGCAACUUGUGAGGGUGUUUUCUUAUUUUUUUGUAAUUCACGGUUAACAUCCGGAGAAUGGGAUCUCGCUCGGGGCCGUCAUUGUCAUCAUCCAGCAUCUCGUUGGAAUGACGACGCCAAUUAUUUUCCCGUUCCACCCCCCCCCCCCCCCCCCCCCCCCCCCGGAGGCUGAAUGAGGUGUUCGGGUUUUCUGCUUUUAAACCACCUCCAAGCCACCCCAGCCCGGCUGGGAGUGGGUGGCAGGGCCUGCGUAUCGAAGAAGAAUCGACCGGUUCGGCCUCCCCGGGGUGUCGAAUUGGGAGCCGACUUUGAGCCGUUGUGCUUUGCGUGCAGCCCACACCACGAGUUAACCGGUCCCGAUGCUGCCGUUUCGUUGGCACAAUUUAUUUCUUAAUAUCUCAGUGGCCAGCAGAGGGAAAGCCCAACGUCCUCUGGCCCCUUCUGUCCUGCAGUGUCGUUUUUUCGCAGGUCUGUAAGCGUUGUGUAGGAUCCUAAGGCGUGUUGUUAACUUAGAUACCAUACGUAUAUAGAAACCACGUUGGAUUUUAUGUAAUCUGAGAUUGGAUGCAUUGUUAAUUGUAGUAUUGUAUGAAAUAUAUUAAUCAUGCUUGGGCUAAUAUUAUUUUCUUCCCUGUAUACAGUGUAUGAUGUCUUAUUAUGUAUGAAUAAUACUGAUGGUAAUCAAAACAAACACUUUGUGUAUGUUAGAGGUGCACAGUGUAAUAAUUAACAUGAUUGUACAUUAUAUUUGUAUACAUUGUAAACCGGCUUACUGUAUAUGUGAAAAUCUUGCUAAAAAAAGAAAAAUUAAAAAACAAGCCAAGUUUGAAUGCUGUGGAAUCCUACAUGUUGAUGUACAUUCUCUUAUCUAGCUGUAAUGUGGUGUAACAUAAAUUAUACCCAAGUAACUUGAGUGGACAUUUUUCAAGCUUUGUAUAACUGAAUGGGAGUCGUUACCCUUUCGUGUUAAUACUAUCGUGUAAUUUUAUUCUUUAUCACUGUUAAUACGUUUCAGCUUACAUUUUUGUUUGGAUUUUUAUCAUGGUUCGACUGCUGUGCAUAUACAUAGUUAACGUUUGGCUUUAUACUUUGCUCACCUCUUCUCUAACGUAGUUACCAUGGAACAAAUUAUAAUGUAAUAAAUUUCUUUCCUUGUAAAAUCGGUGCCGAUCCGGCUAUAUAAAGCGAUGUACAGUAGGGAAUUUGAGUUUAAAAGAAAAAUGCACUCAAAACUAUCUAUUCACCUUUUGCUUUCAUCUUCUUGGAUUCGCAGUUCAUUUUCAAAAGGGCACGGAAAGUUUUCUGGUUUUCCCCCCCUCCCACCUCAGACUCUUGAGUACAAAACCUGUGACGCGCCGCUCGGCACCGGCAUGGCAACCUUACGGCUCUUUCACGAUCAAGAAAACCACCACCACCACCACCUACCACCGAAACUUAAAAUACGCGUGGCAAGUAAUGAACCGUUCCAAGUGACAGUCCGCUGUGUAAAUGGAUGCAUGCAGGCGAAUUCCUUAUCGUGGCUGCUACCGGUGCCCGCUCGCGAGCCCCAUUUGCUUUGUGAAUGUGGUGAUGUGCGCACGUUUGGAACGCAUCAAAAGCGAAUCCCACCCAUCUCUCUGGCCUUGUCUUAAAAAUGAAAUUGCACCGUGUGUGUGUGUGCGCGCGCGUGCUGAAACUUGGAAGAAAUGAAAAAAAAUGUCCCCCUGCCCAUAAUAAUUGCCGUCUUUGAUUUGGGGAUUCGCAAACCUGUUACGUGUCACGUACGUGUAAAAUACUUCUUUGUUUCCAUGGCAACUAUUUUAUUUACAAACAAAAUAACACGUAUUACUGUAGCAAAUGGAGCCACGUUUUUCAGCCCAGUGCCGUCUGCUUUUUGACCUCAAUUUUCACGCUUUUUUUUCGCUCACCAAGCAACGAUACUUAUUAAUACUGUAUUAAUGAUGUAUUAGUGAUGCGUUGAGUAUAAAUUACGCUACUAAUAAAGAAAGGAGAAAAAAAA